CAUGGAAGACUAUUUUUUUACAUCAUGGUUGAUCAAUGGCUUCUCAUAUGCCGACAUCCAGGUUGCAGUGAAAAUCAAUGGCCUGGAAGGAAGCAAUGAGAUCAACAGGCAUGCUGAUAUCACCAUGGAAGCCAUCCCGUAUGAAACAGGGAAGUGGUAUGAAUCUGAUGAAAAUGUGGACCUACAGGCUUCUGAAGUAGCCUGUCUGGAAUUAUGUCCAUCCAACAAGAAUAUUGGAUUUCAUGGAUAUAAGCUCGUUGGAAAGCUGGAGAACCCAAAGCUAUGGACUGCAGAGCAUCCAAAUUUAUACACUUUAAUCGUCAUCCUUCGAGAUGCAUCAGAGCAGCUGGUCGACUGUGAAUCAUACCGAGAAGGCAUAAGGGAAGUUUUUCUUGGUCCAAAACGGUUACUUCUGAAUGGCUGUCCAAUAGUGAUACGAGGAGUCAACAAGCAUGAGCAUCAUCCACGUGUGGGGAAAACAAAUAUUGAGUCAUGCAUGGUUAAGGUGAUCUUUCAUUGAUCAGGUGCCUUCCAAUGAGACUGGUUCCAAUACAUUUUUCUCUGCAUAUCUUGCCAUUCGUUAGCAUGUGAAUUUGCAUGUUCUCAUGCCCUAAAUUUCAGUUCA